AUGUCACUGGAAGGGCUGCAGGAGCGGCUGGCUGCUUUGCAGGAGACUACGACUCAACUAAGAGAAUUAAUCGAUCGGCUGGCAAAUGUGGAAUUCGAGCCUGGGUCGGUGCCGCUGAAUAUCGAGGAGGAGGGGAGUGUGAGCGGAGAGCUCAGCGCGGAGGCUGGCUUGAUACUGAAAACUGGGUUGGAGGAUCAACAGCUGUUGUUCGAAGAAGCUAAAUACCUGCGGAGAGGCGGGCAUGAGAAGGAGAGGCUUGUGGAUGGCAUUGAGAGGGUGGGAAGUGAACUGGCCAGCUAUCGAGCAACGCUUCGAAAGGCACGGUUAUCGGCAAAGAAGAACUUGGAGCGAGCUCGGAGGCUUGAAAGAGAGCUCAUGGUACAAUCCUUUGUCGAACCCAUUUCCGAGACGAACACCUCCGCAGGCGGUAGCACCGAAGAACAUCGACAACUACAAUCCAGUCUAUCGGAAGAAGACCGGCAGACGGUUGGGGCAGCCAGCAACGUUACAAAUGCCCUGCGGCGGACGCACGCCCUCAUCGCGGCGGAACUAAGCAAGAGCGAGUUCGCACACCAGACGCUGACAGAGUCGUCGGCUGCGUUAAAGCAGUUGGAUCAGUCGUAUACCUCGCUGGACGGCAUGCUGGCGAGCUCCCGAGACCUGUUGGGCACACUGCUCAGGUCUCAAAAGAGCGAUACGUGGUAUCUGCAGACAGCAUUGUACAUGUUGAUGGUGACUGCAGGAUGGCUCGUGUUUAGGAGACUUUUGUACGGACCACUAUGGUGGCUUGUGUGGUUACCCUUGCGGAUAUUGUUUGGGGUUGGCACCAAGGCUGGAAGUGCGGUGAUGCAUAGUCGGAGCCCUGGACAGUCUGGAAAGGCUGGGGUGGUGAUUGAUGGGAAGAUUAGAGUGGACGGACUACCGGAUGAGAGCCUGCCAACGGCAGUUGUUGGGCGAGACUCGAAAGUGGUGGAAAGUGAGGAUGAGUCAAUGGUUGAGAAAGUGGGCAAGAUUGUGGAUGCUGUACAUGAGGCGGAUGAAUUGGGUUCGAUACCAGGCGAGUCUGAAGGUGAUCAUGACGACAAGCUACAAGAAGGAGAUGCUGCAGAGGUCGUCGUAGAAGAUUCACGUCCUAGAGACGAGCUAUGA